AGACCGGCCUGGAAAGUCACUCAGGUCAGAAGUUUUAAGCUAUUUUCUCACUGUUUUACGUUUUUAAACCAUCUUUUGUUCAGCAGAGGUGUCCUCCAACAUGAUGCAGGCUUUGAAAGGCGUCAGACAUCUUCAGUCCAGUGCUAUAAAACAAGCAGUUUCAGAGCUCUCCUUCCCGGUGCCAUGGGGAGAAAUCAAAGGGAAAGUCUGGGGUCCUGAUCACGGUCGGCCUGUGCUGUGCCUGCACGGAUGGGCUGACAACUGUGGCACAUUCAACACCCUCAUUCCCCUGCUACCCAAAGAGUGCAGAUACGUGGCAGUGGACCUGUCAGGUCACGGUUGGUCGUCGCAUCGUCCUCCUGGAGUUUUCUACAAUUUUCCUGGGUAUCUGCUGGAUGUACGCAGGGUCAUUGACGCUCUUCAGUGGAGUAAAUUCUCCAUCAUAGGCCACAGCAUGGGUGGUAACAUUGCUGGAAUGUUCAGUUCACUGUAUCCUGAGAUGGUGGAUGCUCUUGUUUUGCUGGACUCAUAUGGAUUCUUACCCACAGAUCCGAAAGAAAUGCUUGAAGUAAUGAGGCAGGGGACAGAUCAGAUGAUUGAGUAUGAAAAAAUGACGAGAGAGAAGACGAGGAGAGUCUACACUUAUGAAAAUGCAGUAGAGAGGCUGUUGGCUGCAAACCCAACUCUGUCUGAACACUCUGUGCGCAUCCUUUUAGAGCGAGGUAUAGUUGAAGUUGAAGGAGGUGUGGCCUUUACCAGAGACUUUCGGAUUAAUCUGAAAAAUACAUCGCGCAUCAGUUUUGAGCAGGCUCUGGAACUGCAGUCGGGGAUACAAGCCCCCGUUUUAGUUGUUAUAGCAGAGGACGGCUUUGAGAAACUAUUUGUGAAACCAGAGCACAGACCAUUUACAUCAGCAAUUCUCCAGGCCUAUAGGGACAGAAAUCACUCUGUGGUGGUGACGGUACCAGGCGAUCAUCACAUCCAUCUGAAUAACCCUGAAGUCGUUGCUCCACUUGUGUCUGACUUUCUGCUGACAAAACUGUUGAAACGGACAGCUAAACAAACAGAAAAACAGGCCUCAGUGUCAUAGCAAACACACAUACACACACACAAACACGUACACACAUCAGUUUUGCCUUAAGUCAUACUUCACUUCUGGUGAAAACAAUUAUUUAACAUGUGUAUUUAUACUUAACAGUUUACACUCAACUUGGGAGCUUAAAUCUGUCAAACAGCUAUUGUAGCAUCAAAUCAUUUAGGUUCAUUUUAGUUUUGGUGGACUCCUAAAUUAUUUAAAGCAGCUGUGCGUAACUUUAUGUUUUCGUUGAUUAUAGCGCCCCUUUGGUCAAAGCAGUAUCACACCCACACCCUGGUGUCGUAAAAUUCUGACUGCAGCCGGCAUUCGGCUUCAUUCAUAAAAUCUCGACUGCAACCGGCAGUUACCGCAUGCAUUUGUUUUGGAGAGUGAGAGGAUCAACGUUACUAACGUUCUUAUAAACUGAGGACAACUGCCUGCUGUAUAUUUGUGUUCAUGGUCACAGUCACAGAUAAUUUUGUUGCG